GUGUGAAUGAUCAAACACAUUAUGUACCUAUUACGAUUUAUUUCACAUGGAGCAGGCGAGAAGUAAAAUCCAAAAAAAAAAAAAACCUCUGUCAACUUUUUUUCCUUUCUAGGCAAGUUCACAUGCAUCGAGGUACGUUUUCACCUGGAAAGACAGAUGGGCUACUACCUGAUCCAGAUGUAUAUUCCCAGCCUGCUCAUCGUCAUCCUCUCUUGGGUCUCCUUCUGGAUCAACAUGGAUGCCGCUCCUGCCCGUGUCGCCCUGGGAAUCACUACAGUGCUCACAAUGACAACUCAGAGCUCUGGAUCCAGGACGUCUUUACCUAAGGUGUCCUACGUGAAAGCUAUUGACAUCUGGAUGGCUGUGUGCUUGCUAUUUGUCUUUUCUGCCCUGUUGGAGUAUGCUGCAGUCAACUUUGUUUCACGGCAACACAAGGAACUCUUACGAUUCCGACGGAGAAGGAAGAAGUCUGGAAAGACUUUCGAUCAAACAUUUGAUGAGGAGCUUACCGAGUCAUUGCGUCAUAUCAAUGGCCUACGCAGUGCCGAGCCUGUUUACGGAUCAAUGAACCAACUCGACGAAUCCAAUGACUGGGAGGAGGAUGUACGGGAGAGCAGGUUGAGCUUUCCCAACGCAGGGAAAGACGGGGCUGUGCCCAAAGCUGCAAACAAUGCGGCCCCAACACCCUCUGACCCAACCCUUGCUGCCAGCAAGAGUCAUGAGGAGAUGAGAAAACUCUUCAUCGACCGAGCCAAGAAGAUCGACACUGUGUCCCGUGCCGGAUUCCCACUGGCUUUCUUGUUUUUCAAUAUUUUCUAUUGGGUUCUGUACAAAAUCCUACGCCAUGAGGAUGUGCACAAGAAAUAGAUGGAACAUGGCGUGAUGCAGCUUGGGAAGUAUACUGUAAGUAACACAGUAAAGCUGCAUCAAAGAACUCUAAUGCUAUUACUGCCGUUCCUGCCAUGCUCUAUGCUGAAUUCUGAAAAUUACUAUGAAAAACUGUGAUAUCAAGGACCAGUGGUUACUUUCAAUAGUUUGUUUUGUGUUGUGCACCCAUUCAAGGACACUUGCGCUCGCUCACUAUGCAAUGGAUCCGUAAGGCCUCUGACCCACCUGUCCUUUAACAAACUACAAUAAAAGUGACAGAACUUCCUCACAUCUGCUUAACACAGGAGCACAGUCCGACACCGAUUACAGUCCAUAUAGAGACAGAUGUGUGUGUCUUGCCACUGGUUUUGUCAACUCUUACAGCUUUACUGCCAAUGUUCUACAGUAUGUUGUAUUUUUGAUACACAGCUAUUGAAAAAUGGCAAGUAUAUAUUUGUCCUGACCUGAUUGUUGACCAGCUCUAGAAACCAGCAUCCAGGCCAAAAACAUUCUGAGCUAAGUCUCAAGAAUGACCCUGAACCAGCAGAGAAGAUUAUUCUGUUUACAGCUAUGAACACCUUCACAUUAACUGCUUCAAGAAAACAUAUUUCCAAAACUUUAAUGGGUAGUGUACUUUCAGUACCAUAGACUAUAAUUGAAACCAUUCUACAAGUCCAACUGUUUUUUUUUUUUUUCCUCAAACAAAAGCAUUGUUUGAGAAAACCAUUUUAAAUCACUUCAAGCUAAUGAUGCCACUGCAAAAUAAUGCGACUGGGAGUGAAUUCUGUCAGACAUGUGUUGCAAAUUCGUGAAUGGAGAAAAGAGGUGAACCAGGGUCUCAGCCUUUGUGUUUUCUGAGAAUACUCAAAAAUAAGUGCAAACAAAUUCUCUCGUAAUUAAUAAAAUAUCAACGCAUUCUCAUCCUUUAACGCAGAGAUGCCCAAACUAGGGCCCGCGGGCCAAAGGUGGCCCGUGUUGAUUUGGCCCGCCAUACCGUCCGGGGAGAGGGGAUUUCUUUAAAAUGCAAAACUUUACAAAUAAAACUGCAUUAGUUAAUCAGAUUGAAGUUGUUUUAUAUUUAUUUGAAAUAUUAUAAAAUAAAUAAACCCAUAGCAACUUUAAUGUAAUACCGUUUGAUUUAUGAUGCAAAAUUUACUUUUGGCCCACGGCCCACAAUCAAGUUUGAUUUUUGGCCCUUCGUAGGAAAAAUUUUGGGCACCCCUGCUUUAACAUCAUAUAGAACGCUAUAUGCAAAAACGGCGCUAUACUACGCACAUGGCACCCGUUAUCGUUAAUAUAACACGCGCU